AUGGAAAACCUGAACCCAUAUCAAUCGGAAAAGAAGCCAUUUAUUGGGUAUCAGCAGUUGAAGGCCUUACGUGGAGUUCAGGUUCAUGAAGGUGGUGAUGUGAAGGCAAAUGAAGCAGCACCCUUCAACUAUUCCCCUGACUCGGCUUCGGAUACUUCAUCUCAGGCCACAAUCAAGGCUACCUACAAGACCAGCAUCCCGCUGCCAAAAUCGACUUCGCUCUACUUCCCAUCCUUGCAGAAUGCCGCUGGCCCAAAACCAUCCUGCCCUCCUCUUUACUCACUCAAUGGUCCCAAGGAAUUGCCCAGCUACGAGGGGCCCAAUGAUGGUGCCAUCGGAAUGCCGAAAGACAUUCAGAGAGCCAUUGAUGAGUCUGAAAAAGGGUCCGUUGAAGCUUUUAGAGACCGUCGACCAAACCUCGUUCCUCCUCGUCAACUGCCCAAGAGCAAGACCCUGGGAAUCCUCCACCCAAAGGCAGAUAUCCUGCCUGAGCCCCCUCUCUAUCCAAUCCACAAAGGGGCCCAGUGUUACUGUGAGGACCCUAAUGCGGAUUCGUUGACCGUCGACAAGUAUGGACGUGUUUCUCAGCGCAGCGCCUCCGUCGAAGCUCCGUCUCCUGGUGACAUUGUUGAUAUAAAAGUGGUCAAAGUUGCGAAGCCAUACGGCUACUGGCUUGGGAGACUUGUUACGUUGAUGAACAGUUUCCGCUAUGAAGCCGCUUUCAACGAGCCUGAUCCUCUCACUGGCUAUGGAAUCGCAGGUAAUACCAUCGAAGGCAAGGCUCCGAUGUCUGUCAAUCUGGACGACUACUACAUCAAGCGUGCCUUUAUGGUGUUGGAGAGAGCUUGCCUCACUUCUGAAGCCAGUGCUAGCUUGACUGAGUUCAAAGACGCGUACUCUAGACGUUUCGGCCGCAAAUUUUCCCAGCGCUUCGCCACUGAAAUCGAUAAGGGAUACCCUAAAUCUGAGAAGACUGGUGGAAAAGGUGAAACUGGGGUCAUGGAUAUUUUCCGCUCGGUCCGAAAGAGUUUCGGUUAA